UUUGAAAUCGCUGACGAUAUUGAAAGUGUGUGAAAAGGAAGUGGAAACACGUCAUAAUAAUAAAAAAAAUUCAAGAUGGCGUACUUUCCAGUGGAGUGGGAAGAUGAUAAUCGCAUGAAUUUUAUGUUUUCUGCCUUCUCUGAGAAUAGAAAUGUCAACCCUAAACAUUGGGACAGCAAACUUCAGUUUUGGACGAGUGCGAUCGUUGAAAGUUGCGAGUCGCUCGAUCAAAUGUGUUUUGAUAUAGACGUUUUAAAAACGAGGUUCCGUAGAAAAGGAGUGACGCCACUUGGACUGUGUACAGUACUAAAAGAAAUGUUGAAUAGCGGGGAGGUUAUUCGUACGAGCGACUUUCUAGACUCUGUAUAUGAUACUUGGGGCGAAUGGUCGUAUGGAAUGGCGAAGAGAUCUCUAUGGUGGACCGUAGGAAAAGUUUGGCAGAAUAACGAAAUCGAGGGUCCACUUUUGCUUCUGUCGUCUGUGAAAAAAAAAGCCGAGAAAAUACUCUCUUGCCAUUAUCAAACGGUUAAACAUCCGAUAACGGACAACAUCGUGCCAGAGAAGGUGCUAAAAGCUAGACUGAAAGCAAGCAAUGUGAAUUUGUCGGAACAAGAAUUCGAGAUCGUCAUUUGCCAGUUAAGAAAAGAACGAUUGGUUUCAGUUCAUCUUUCAGAUGGCGGGGAAAAGGUGAUUAAGUUUGCUAAUAAGAAUGAAGGCAAAGUAGCCGCAAUUUCUGAAACAGAUUUGAAUAUUUUGAGACUGAAGAAAGCUGAAGCCACGAUUCAGUUACAAAUCAGAAAACUUCAAAACGAGAUUGAAGAAUUACAAACCAUAGUAGUGGCGUCCAUUAAACUAGGACUUAAAAGCAAGGCGAAGAAAAUUCUUACUCGCAAGCACAUGAUGUCAAAGACUCUGGACAAAAAGGAAUCGUUAUUGAUGAACACGCAAGAUAUACUUGGUCGAAUACAAGACGCUCACUCGGAUGCAAACGUAAUCGAGGCUCUGAAGGCUGGAACACAAGUGUUCAAAACAAUCUCACAAGAAUCUGGUUUCACAAUCGAUAACGUGGAGAAAAUAAUGGAAGAAGUCGAGGAUGUGAUGGACGAAACAGCCGAAAUUAAUCGCACAAUAAGCGAAGGUUCCAAAUCAAUUGCUGCAACAUCUGGUGUCCCUGACGAUGAUCUCGAAGACUUAGAAAGAGAACUUGAAGCGCUCAUGGAGGGUGAUAACAACGCAGAAGCCGAAACCCGGGGUCCUGCUGAUGAAAAAGGAGAUCCAGCUUCAAGGCUACCUGAUGUGCCAAGCUUCAGUCCAGGUCGAGAGACGAAGAAGACAAGAACGGCAUUGACAAGCUGAAUAUUCUGAUAUCAAAUUCAAAAAUCAAACCGGAUAAUUACCUCGUAUUAAGCGUAUAAAAUAACCAUUUAAAACAUCUCAGCAUGAACGUUUAACAAUUUAUAACUGCUUUGUAAGAAUCUGAAUAGAAUGCUAGGAAUCCAAUAAAAAAACAAAUACGAAUACCUAUGAAUUGCAUGAAAUAUCAUUAUGAACUUCAGCCUAGAAUAAACAUUACAUUAUAAAGCGUGAAAACAAAAACGAUGAUACCGUUUGUGGUGUUCGUAUUUGUCCGUUGGCUAUGGUGCUUAUGAAUCAUGAAUGACUUGGAGUGAUAGAUUAGGAUAUUGUAAUUG